UAUAAGAGACAGGAAUUGUAUUCAAGUCAAAAACAUGAAGGAAAGGAGAAAAAGGAACACAAAUGUGGAAUUGCCGAACUCGGGCAGAACCGUGGUCACAAAAAGAAAGUUUAAUGGCCAAAAUGAAGGUUGAGCUCAUCGACGCAGUCGUCAUGGACAAAUGAAGUUGGAAUACUAUCCAGCACCCUGUAUUUACUUAUGGGUGCGUGGGCGGCGCAGAAAAUAAGUAGGCCGACUUGGAUUUAUUGGAGCCAUUUUGCGGUUUUCGUCCUUGCGGCUGGAAAGCAAACAUGAAGUUUUUCCUGAUCCUGCUGCUGGCUGCCGUCUGCACAGCGGACUUUCACAUCGAGUGUCACGGCCGAGACCACUUGAUGCUCACGCCGCAGAUUCUGCAGUGUCGCAGCGCACUCAAGCAGGCCUGCUACAGCAGAGACAACGGCGAGAAAGGCUGCGUCGCGGAGGACCUCUGCUCUCGGCCCGGAUGGAACUGUUGCUAUAGCGACCGCUGCAACCCGUGACCGCGACUGCCGAUCGCCACGACGCGCAUCGCGCAAUAAACACGUGCGACCUCUCAUCCGCUUGUCGCGUCUCAAUCGCCGCCGGCCCGACGUUUGCUCGUGGAUGAAACCAAAAUUCAAUUCUGUGUCAAAUUACUUGAAUAAUGUCAUCCAAUAAUCCAGUCUAUCCAUUGUUUAUUAAAGCCUGUUAUUGUUGCAAUUUUAUUUACGGACCUCAACUGGACGAGCGCUUCUCAAACUGUUGCGCAAGUACCACUCCUGUGCUACGCAAAAGAAAUAUUCAAACUAUGCAUAUUUCAGUUUUGUUGACCGAGCAGUGCUCAUUCCCAAACUUUUGCUUCAGUCCAAUCAUUAACCGGGAGUCCCCGACGGUGUAGCGGUACACGCGCCAGACUUUGGUGAGGGCAGCGCGGGAUCGAUUCCUGCUCAGCGACGGGUGGUACUUGCCCUGUGAUUGACUGCCAACCGGUCCGGGGUGUGCCCCGCCCCCUACCCGUUGAUGGCUGGGUUGGCUCCGGCAAUCCUGCGACCCUAGUGAGGAU